AUGAAGCUAUUUGAAGCUUCGCUGCCGAUUCUAGCGGCUGGCUGGAGUGACUUGUACGAGAAAGCAGAGAAUGGGGUGGAUUUGAUAUUCAGAAAUGACACUGAAUUCUAUGCGAAGUACAGAGAUCACAUUGAGAGAGUUGGAAACUGUCAAAACUCGGUUCCGGUGACGGAUGAUUCUGGUAACAGUGUCACUAUUCCACCAGUUUUGUGGCCUACGCAGGGUGCCAAUCCAAAUGUGUGCGUCUAUAUUUUCUCGAAUUUCAACAUGAUGUGGUCGGAUGCUGAAAAAGUGUGCGAAGAAAAGAUCUCAAGCUCAUGCACUCCCAAUUGCAAGGGAAACCUGGUCAGCAUCCAUACUGACUUUCAGGACCAAGCAAUCUUUGACGCUUUCAAAAACGACGAAGGAACUGGCAAGCCGGCCUGGAUUGGUCUUCGACAAUACUGUGCGUUCUGCCCGUUAGAGUGGGCCGAUCACAGUCCUUUUGACUUCCGAAACUGGCAACAGGGAGAGCCCAACAACGAAGACGGCGAUGAAGACUGCGUCGAGACAAAUUUUUUCUCCGAAGGAUGGAACGACAACACUUGCGCGGCGAAGCGCCAGUUUGUCUGUCAGAUUUACACAAGCGCUACGAACCAGCAUCCAAAACCUGACAUGGACAAGACAUGGCCAGCCAUCGGCGGCUGCAAAGACGGCUGGUGGAAGUACGGAAAAGCUUGCUUCAAGAUUAUUGGCGGACGCGGGAACACUGAUGCUCAGAAGGAGGAGCCAGCAAUGAAUUGGGACGAUUCGAAAACCCAGUGCUCAAAUGAAUGGGCUGGUGCUUCACUCGCGCAAUUCCCAAAUAUAUACUACCAAUAUUUCGCCAACUCACUAGUAAAGCUCGCCGGCCGUGAUGUCUACAUCGGAGCGCUCACGUCAACGACCGACAUAACUUUCCACUGGGACGAUGGCUCCCGACUAACAUAUUCUUACUGGGCGGACGGAGAACCGAAUAAUUAUGGCGGCGUCGAGGACGUCGCAUUGAUGGCUUGGCUGAACGAGCCACAUUAUCACACUCGCGGACCAGGAGAAUGGAACGACUUCCCGCGGAGCUACGAGCGCGCGGCAAUGUGCUAUCACAAGCUCGAUUCUUCCAUGAGCGAGAACACCGGCCGCUGCCCAGAGGGAUGGAAACAGCAACCGGGCAUUUCUAAUUUCUGUUACAAACUUGUCACUGACGGCGAUGGAUUCGACAACGCCGGGAAGAAAUGCGCCGAUUUGAAGGGAGAAACCGGUCACCCAACAGCUUUGGCAUCUGUAAUGGACGUUUAUGAAGAUGCGUUUUUGGCGUCAAUGCCUUAUUCUGCUGAGACGAAUUUCGACCCAACAUUUGAUGGAAAAAGAGCUGGAAUCUGGAUUGGACUCAAGGGAAUCAAGGACGAUUCUAAUACCGUCAAAUGGAAGUGGGACGACGGCUUUCCAUUCGCAUACACAAGAUGGGGGACGAACGAACCCAACUUGCAAGCCAUUCCAGCCGGUGGAGAGGGAUGUGUCUAUCUUGGAACAGAUCGAAGUUGGUAUGUGGACAAGUGCAACUUGGUGAAUCCGUUUAUUUGCAAGUCGAACAUGGAUGAUACGAGUGGACAGGUGACCGAUGAUCGAGGAGAGCUGAUGGACUGUCUGCCCGGCUGGGAGCCCACUGGAUCUGAGGACAAAGCAAACGGACACCAUUGCAUGAAAUUCUACGAUACAGCGGCAAGCUGGUUCCAAGCAAACUACAUGUGCGAAGCUGUUGGCGCUCAACUGGUCUCCAUCCAUUCUGAAAGCUUCAAUCUCCGAGUCAAAAGCUACGUCACUUCUCAAGGCACCAAUGCUAAGUACUGGGUCGGCAUGAAACGAAAUGAAGUCGGCGGGCUAGAAUGGACUGAUGGCUCCCCAGCGAGCUACUUCAAUUGGGCCCCGGGAGAGCCAAGUGAAGAAUGGGGAGGUGAGAAAGAAGACUGCGUCAAUAUCUUUAACAACGGAGCUUGGAAUGAUGCACCUUGCGGCUAUGCAGCUCCCUUCGUUUGUAAAGCUUCUCGACCUACAAGCAAUUGUUUCGACAUCGCUGAAGUCGAUAAGGAGCAGUGUGGCUACCCGGGCAUCACAGCUUACGAGUGCGAACAUGUCUUCAAAUGUUGCUACAACACCUUGACCGUUAACGGAAAGUCAUGCUACCAUCCUAGAGGGAGAAAGAACAGUGAAAUGACGCCUGGAAAAGCAGCGGGAAUCGCCAGUGCUGUUUGGAUUGUUCUGAUUUUUGCCAUUGCUGGUAUUGCAGAGGAUGCAGGAGCGGAACGAUCGGCAGAACUUUUGAGCGAAAACGAGAAGCUCAAGAAAAAGAACAAGAAGCUGAAGCUUGCCUUUGUGGUCGCUGGUACGAGCAUCGCCACUGCUUCUGCGAUCGGUCUCGGCAUGGCUUGCGCCAAGAAGUUCAAGAAGAAAAAGAAGAAGAAAACUGGAAAGUGA